UGUGUGUGUGUGUUUGUAUUGCUAUAUUAGUGAGGACCAAAAUGUGACAAAACACCUUUUAAGUGAGGACCUUUUGGUAAAGUGAGGACAAAAUCGUGGUCCUCACUUUAUUUUGCUCAGUUUAGCCCCCGUGGGGGUGGGGCAUUGUGCUGUGCAAAUCUCUCAAAUGUCCUUACUUCAAUAGCAGAUCAUGACAGAACUGUGUUUCCUUCAUUCUCCUGCGCUCCCUCUAAAGGAUAGAGACGUGAACUGCAGCCAAUUUAUCAUUGGCUGGAAGAGAACGGCUCCGAUUUUUUGAUUGGUUGGCUUGGUGAUUUUUGUGAUUGGUCGGCCAGUGAACGUACAUAUCUGUACAUAAACUGUAUUUCUUUCUUUAUUUCUUAAAUAUCACAAUUACUUUCCCAAAUAAGGAGUACAUAAAAUAGGAUGUAUGCUUUUCAGCAACAACUGCCUCACAAAUGCAAUUGUUUUUCAUCGAGCUGCAUUUAAUGGCGAUCAUUAUGCACGGCUUUUUGGCGCCAGCAUUACGUCACGUGGAGUACGUGAAUCGAGCUCGUGUUCCGCGAAACGUGACAGUGACGCGUAUGAACGGAGAGAAAUGACGGAGCGGUUUAACCGGAGACUGAGGCGGCUGCGGGAGCACCACGCGAUCUGUGAGCAGAGACACCGGAGAAACAGCGCGAAGGACGGAGUAAGUACUGUUCUAACACAGUAAAUAUCAACUGUCGAUUUAUUUUAACUUUUGUAUCCGUGUUAUUUCAUUAUUCAAUUAAGUGUUCAUGGUUUUAUGUAGAUAGAGAGUGGGGGAGGGAGAGAGGUACAACCACCAGUUGAUAUGUUUUGCAUAGAUUAGUUUUAAUUAAUGAUUUUAAUGAGGAAAAUGGCAAGAGCUGACUGCCAAAAUCGCCCCCUUCUUAAAUAAGUAUUUUUAAUAGGUAUACUGUACAUAUUUAUAUCUGUAUAAGUGAUGUAGAACAAUUCUAUAAGAGAAGCAGUGUAAAAAAAACGAAGCAAGUAAUGUUUAAAGAAUGAAAUAUAAACUGUGGAUUUAUUAAUCAGUGUAUCGGUGUUGUGUGGAGAUUAAAGAUGAAAGAUUAAUAAUGCUUCACGCGAUGUGUGAUCUGCGCCCCUCCCCCACACGAGCGGAGCGGAGGCCCAGAGCAGAGAGCGAAGCAGAGAGUGAGCGCUGAGCAGAGAGCGAGGGGGUGGGGGAGGGGCGGCUGGUUUCUGUUAGAGUUGAUUUUACUAAUGAGAUGGAAUCUGCCACACUUUUAACAUUAAACAAGGCGCAUAGACACAAACUGUACAAGAAUAUGAAGAAAGAAUCAUACACCACUUAUGAUGAAGAGGACUUUAAUACUUUAAAAUGUUGUUUUUGAAAUGACUGUAAGUUAACUUAAAAUUUUUUUGAUUAUAGAUGAAAACUUCACAUCAAGAUGGACAGAAGAGGGAUGAGGAGGAUCUGGAUGGACAGAAGAGGGAUGAAGAGGAUCUGGAUGGACAGAAGAGGGAUGAGGAAGAUCUGGAUGGACAGAAGAGGGAUGAGGAAGAUCUGGAUGGACAGAAGAGGGAUGAGGAGGACCAAGACGGACAAAAUGACUUCAUCCAGGAAAUUUGUAUAGAGGAGCAAUCGAACCAGGGCAACAAGGACUGGAGUGAUCUGGAUGAGAGCGAAGGCUCAGUCUUUGUUCCUUCAGUGGAGGAGUCUACUGAUGAUGAAGACCUCGAUUCAGAAGAGUCCCAGCUUGAAAAGACCAUUCGAAAGACUGUAAAAGACACAAUAUUUAAUACAUUUGAAGAAGUCAAGAAGGCAAAGCAAAAAACUCCAAGAAAGAAGGCUAAGCAAAAAAGUCCAAGAAAAAUGACAAUCAAAACAAGUCAGCGAGAUCCUAAAGGCAAACGAACGUGGAACAAAAAACAGUACUGUGUCUUCUGUGAAAAGGCACAAAGCAAGCUUGCUAGACAUCUUGAAAGAAGUCAUUCCAAUGAAACAGAAGUUGCUAAAGCCUUUAGUUUUCCCAAACGUUCAAAGGAACGCAGGAUUCUUCUGGAACAGCUCCGGAACCAGGGUAAUUAUUAUCAUAACAUCAAAGUCUUGGAAACCGGACGUGGAGAGAUCAUUACCUGGAGACAACCGACUGAAGAUGCAGACAUUUCUGAGUUCCUUCCCUGCCCGGAUUGUCUGGCGUUCUUCAUGAAGAAAGACCUGUGGAAACACUCUAAGACGUGUCGAGGACAGCGGGAUGUGAAGAGAAGCAGAGGAGAGCGAGUGAGAUCAGCUGCAGUCUGUCUGAUACCAACACCUGCACAGUGCUCUGCUGGCAUCAGCUCUCUCCUACAAGCUAUGAGACAAGAUGAAAUCUCAGAAACAAUCAUGAAGGACAGUUUGAUCUGUCUCUACGGUGAAUCACUUUAUACAAAGUGCGGUCAUGAUAAGUCACAGCAUCAGUAUAUCAUUCAAAAGAUGAGAGAGCUGGCCAGGUUUAUGAUCGAAGUGAAGUCCAGAUCCAGAGAAGUGAGUAACCUUACACAGCUCUGUAACCCUGAGAACUUUCUCCUAGCCAUCGCCGCUUGUAAAGAAGUCAGCAGCUAUCAACCAGAUUUAAAUACGUUUAAAACCCCGUCCCUCGCUCUGAAGAUCGGAUACUCGCUGAAGAAAGCCUGUCAGCUCAGUUUGGGACAGAGUUUAAUGGCAGGGGACAGAGACGCUGAGAAGAAGCUGAAAAACUUCAUCAAGCUCAUUGACAGUCAUUGGCGUACCAACAUUUCGAGUCAAGCCCUCAACACCUUGCAGCAGAGCAAGUGGAACAAGGGAGACACCAUCCCUCUCACAGAAGAUGUUGUGGCUCUACAAAAGCAUCUCAAGAGUGUGGAGCAGGUCUCAAAAGACAAACUCAAAGAGAACGUGAAUGGCGCAGAGUGGAAAAUCUUGGCUGAGACGUUACUCUGUCAAAUAAUUCUUUUUAAUCGGAGACGUGAAGGUGAGGCAUCCAAACUGCUCCUUGCAUCAUACGUGAAUCGAAACGUUAAGCCUCCUAAUGAAGAUGUGGUCAAAUCUCUGACUAAAUUAGAGCGGGAGCUGUGCAAUGAGCUGACUCGAUUAGAGAUCCGAGGGAAGAGAGGUAAGAAAGUGCCUGUCCUGCUGACCAAGGACAUGCUGGAGUCCAUGGACCUGCUGAAUGAAAGCAGGAGCACAGUGGGCAUCAGCGAAGCCAAUCCUUACGUUUUUGCAAGACUGGGGGCUUUAACGCACAUCCGCGGAUCAGACUGUUUGAGAAAGUUUUCCAAGACGUGUGGCGCAAAAGACCCCAGGAGCCUUACGUCGACCAAAUUAAGGAAACAAAUAGCUACUCUGAGUCAGAUCAUGAAUUUAAAAAACAAUGAACUCGACCAAUUGGCCAAAUUCCUGGGACACGACAUUAGAGUGCACCGCGAGUAUUACAGACUGUCCGAGAAUACAAUCCAACUCGCUAAAGUUAGCAAGCUGCUUUUGUCUCUAGAAAAGGGAUCUGACUGUUACAAAGGAAAAUCUUUGGAAGAGAUUACAUUUAGUACAGAGGAGACUGAAAAUGACAGAAGCCCUGCUUCCGGAGGCCUGCGAGAGCAUGAAUGCAGAACCACAGAAGAAGAUGCUUCAGAGAAAGAUGAAGAACCCUCUACCUCAGUAAAGACAGUCAAGCGAAAGCGUCGCGUCACAGAAACUGACGGUUUACAGAAAGAAGAUGAAGAACUCUCUACCUCAGUAAAGACAGUCAAGCGCAAGCGUCACGUCACAGAAACUGGUAAGCAGUCAGUAUAUCGGUUAGACAUGUGAUUUUAGGGUUGGGUACCAUUUAAAUGUUAACCGGUAUGUUACCGGUAUCUGUGCCUGAGAUUUGGUGCCGGUACUUAACAGUAGCUUUUUACACUAUUUUACUCUCUGUGUAAUAACAAAAACAUUUAUUUCAGGGGAAAAAAGCCCAGAACA